UCUUACGGAAUGUGCUUGUAAGAGGGCUGACGGGUCGCUUAAUUUUAAGGGAGGGUCCCAUGACUAGCUUCGGAGGACCCGUUGUCUCAUUUUUUCCUGUGGUGUCUUGGCAAAGUACUCUAUAAUCUUCCUAGUCUCUGCACACAGAAGGACUGUACCACCAAGUGGUACAGUCAAGGCUGAAAAAGAUGCUACCUCACUUGCCAAGAUGGUGGCAGCUGACAGAAAAGAUAGCAGUAGGUGCCUGGCGUGGUUUACGGAGACAGGGAGGGAUCACUGGGCGAGAACCACGGAGUGCCAGCUGCUCACAGUUGACCUUCUUCGUCACCAGUCCGUGUAGUCACACCAAAGGUCCUGCUGAGCCAGAACAAUGCAGGCAAAGGAAUGCUAAGCCUCUCAAAGAGUGGACCCUGGUUGUUAGCCCCUUUGGCCAGCUGAAAGUGCGGCUCCCUUGCCAUGUCACAGUGUGCCCCCUUGACCCACACGAGUACCCUAACGCUGACAGGGUAUUUGUUACAGUAAGUGGGCAGAACACCCACCGUGGUGCAGACCUGGAUAGUGUGCAUGUGAAGUAUGACGAGGCGCAAAAAGAGAUGGCAAUCCUCUCAAACGACAUGGACAGUACAGCCUCUGUGGAUGUGAGGAUCCCAGUAAAAUUUGACUUGGAUAUCAAGACAUCAGGGAAUGGCUGUGUGAAGAUUGAAAAAAUUGAAUGUGAAUCUUGCAGAAUAGAAACUGAGAAGGGAACUAGCAUCUUACAGUCAGUAAAGAGUCAGAAUAUUGACAUUCAAGCUAAAGGAGGCAAAAUUAUCAGCCUGGGAACUCUUCAGGGAAAUGCCAAUAUUCAAGUGUCCCAAGAAAGUAGUGUGGAUAUUGAAAAGCUACAAGGGUCCUCCGUAAACAUUUCUACCAAAGAUGGUUCAUUAAAAACCAGAUAUCUUUAUGCACAAUCUUCGUUUAUGUCCUCAGCAGCUGGCGAUAUUCUCCUGGGGAAUGUUCAUGGUACUACCAUCCUUCAAACUAAAACAGGAAACAUCACAGUAGAUUCGUCAGAAGGAUUUCUAAAGGCUUCCACACACCAAGGGGAGAUUGAUAUUUAUACUCUUAGUCAGGAGGGGGAAGUGGACCUAAAGUCUCAGAAUGGCUCCAUUACAGUCAGGGUACCUGCCACUCUUGAAGCUCAUCUGCACUUAUCUGGAAACAAGGUUGAUGUGAGCCCCGAGCUCCAAUUACAGGAGAUCCAGAAUGUGUCCAGAGAGGGCCACGUAAUGGUUACUGGACAUCUGAAUCAAAGGAAGGAAAAAGAAAAGCGUAUUAAAGCAGACACACAAAAUGGCACAGUUCAUGUGAAAAGCCAAACAUGGUUCCAGUCUGUAAAACUGAAGGCUCCAUUUUAAAUGUUAUUUAUCUAAGCGAAUCGGGGAACCACAAAUAAAGAUUAUGUUACUUGUAAAGAUUACAGUUAUGUGGAUGCUGCAUUGAGUGAAUAUAUGGAGCCUUAAGAAGCUUGCCAGCCCUCCACCUGCCGCCCUCCGGCCCCACUCACCGGUCUAGUAAGGCAUUUUCCAGCACGAUGGGGGCGCGUAGGAGCUCGUGUGUAUUCUGAGGGGUGAGUGAGUACGCCACUGCUCACACAGCCACCUGCCCCCAGCGCUGGCCCCUGGUGGACCUGGCAAGCUGGCCAAUGGCUGUUCUUAGUUUGCUGUGUGUGUGUUUCUGGUGUCUAUGGCUACAAACUAUAGCACGCUCAGGAAUUAUGAUAAACAAUGAGCUUUCCUAAUUGUGCUCUUGACUAUUUUGAACGAUGUAUUCCCCUUAACCAACCCUGUGGACUGAAAGCCAAACACGUGUAAACAGCUUUCCAUUUUCCUUUUCAGCUAGUGCACUGUUGAGAAUUCCCCUUGGUUGCAAACUGGUCAAGAAGGAAGUGGAAGUUUCUAAUUUUCCAUACAUUGUCCCAGUGUGCCCUGAUUAAAAAGAGAAUGGCAAGACCCCAAGUCAUGCCCAGAAGGAGCAAGGAUAUCAUGCAGACCUUCCCCUUUAAUUUGGGGGCUUCCUGUUUUCCAUGAGGGAAAAAUCCUUGUGUGGAAGCUGCCUAAAUCAUAAGCGACUGAACGUCGGUCACAUACACAGUGCUUCCAGCUGCUAUGUUUUUGGCUCUCCUUUGUAUCCAUUAUCUAACCACCAGGGUCCUGAUUUCACACAAGUAGGUGUUCAGUCAUCUGAAGGCAAGAAUUUAAUUCUGUAUUAUGCAUAGCUGGUCCACUAUUCUAUCAUCAUCACGUGGCAGAUUCCUUUGGAGACUGAACAAUUUCAGAUUAUACAGGGAGAAAGAAGUGAUGUCUCCAACUUAUAAGAAUUUGCUGCCUGCAAAAAAGUAGAUCUCGAAAAGUAAAGAUUAGUCUAGAUACUUUUUUCCUGGUACGUUCCCUAAAUACAGGAAGUCUUUUACAAUGUGGAAAACAGUUUUUUUAAUUAUUUGCUUUCAAUAUGAAGCCAUAGUGUUCAGCAAGACAAACACUGAAUCUGUGUAACUCGCUUCUACAAAACACAGAACCAUAAAGUUGAAAGGAGCCAGAGAAUAAUCAUGGCUGGUUAGUGCCUCCAGCCAUUUAUCCAUAUGAUACAGAUUACUGUUGGGGGGCCGAAUGGCUUGGCAUUUAAGCGAUUGCCGCGUGGCAAGACACACUUGAUGUCUGAAAUACAUUUUGUCUUGUUAAAAACUGGUUCUUUAGAUACAGUGGCACCAGGGGAAUUCUGAACACACUCCAUGAUAUGUUUUCAAAAUGAUUUAAUAAAAACCUCAGAAUCAUUUUCUAACAAUUUUAUUGCAGUAAAAUCCAGAUAAAUGUUUGCUGUAGACAAAUAUUAUUCACUACUGGUAGACAAAAUAGGUUCUUUGUUGACUGAUCGUUCAGGUAGAAUCUAUUCAAAAGUAUUACUUUUACUACAUUGCAAUUACAAUAUUUUCCAGGAAAAGUGGUAAUAACCUAUUACAUUUUAAAAACUUAUUUAUAAGAAAAUGUAUCAGUAUAUUGUAAUAAUAUACUGUAAUAAAUUGUAAUAAAACAAAAAAUAAUUGGU